CUGAGAGCUUUCUUUACCCAGGAGGAACCUACCAGCAUGCUCACUGCGAGUUAGAGAUUUAUUCCUGUGAAAGGUAGUCAGGUGCAUCGUUCAGGGUUCGGCUGACCGUCCUCGAUACCUAACUCAGCGCGUCCCCGUAAUCCGUAUUCUCAGUUCCGCACUUUGCUGCUGGACCUCGUCGUGUCGAAACCAAACUUAUUAAUCUCAGCCCCUAAGAUCGCAGCAAGUAUGGCGGAAGCAGCGGCAGCAUGGCAGCCGUCAGAGCAGGGAGCGAACGAGAUCUGCACGCUGCUGCACGAAUACCUUAAACCAGGCGUUGAUCAGGCGCGAAUCUUCCAGGAACUGCAGCGAUGCAGCCAAUUCCCAGAUUUCAACAACUACCUCGCGUUCCUCUUGUGCAAGGGAGAGAACCAACCAGUGGAAGUCCGUCAGAGCGCCGGGCUCCUCCUGAAGAACAACCUGCGAACGGGCUACGAGAACCUGAACCCGGCAUACCUGGGGUAUAUCAAGGCGCUUCUGCUGCCCUGCAUAGGCCUCCCGGACCACCAGCUACGCGGUACAGUAGGAACCGUUAUCUCUACUAUUGUGGAGCAGCAGGGCGGGCUGCACGCGUGGACGGACCUGUUGCAAGUGAUGCUGCAGUGCUUGGACUCGAACGACUUCAGCCACAUGGAAGGGGCUUUGGACGCUCUUUUUAAGAUGAGUGAGGACAUGCCGCUGCAGCUGGACCGGGACAUCCCAGGGCUGGCAGAGCGCCCCAUCACCGUCUUCCUGCCGCGCCUGCUGCAGCUCUUCGCCUCGCCGCACGCCACCCUGCGCAAGAUGGCGCUGGGGAGCGUCAACCAGUUCAUCCUGCACAUGCCGCGGGUGCUUCUUGUGAACAUGGAUAGCUACCUGCAGGGCCUGUUUGCUUUGGGGUCCGACCCCACCCCAGAAGUCCGCAAGCUGGUCUGCUCAGCUGUGGUUCAGCUGAUCGAGCUGCAACCAGACUUUCUCCAUCCUCACAUGCGCAAUGUGAUCGAGUACAUGCUGCAGUCCACGCGGGAUGCUGACCCCGAUGUGGCUCUGGAGGCGUGCGAGUUUUGGUCCGCCUACUGCGAGAACAACCAGUCGCCCGAGAUGCUGCGCGAGUUCCUGCCACAGCUCGUCACGGUGCUGCUGACGAACAUGGUGUAUGCGGACGAUGAUGAGGCGGUCAUAGAUGCGGAGGACGAGGGUGACGCUCCUGACUCUGAUCAGUGCAGCGCAGCAGGGCUGGACAUCCUCUCACACGUCUUUGGGGACGCUCUUCUGCCCAUCCUCAUGCCGCUCAUCCAGACGAACCUGGCCGAUCGCAGCGAGGCCAAGUGGAAGGAGCGGGAAGCAUCCGUUCUAGCAGUGGGCGCGGUGGGCGAGGGCUGCAUCGACGGGCUGCUGCCCGCGCUGCCCCAGAUGAUCGCGCACCUGCUGCCGCUGCUAGAAGACCCCCACCCCCUCGUGAGGAGCAUCACGUGCUGGACGCUCUCACGGUACUCCAAGUGGAUUGCGCGGGCCGUGGAUAAGCCCGAGGGGCAGCAGCAGUUUGACGCGGUGCUGACGGGGUUCCUGGCGCGGAUUCUGGAUAACAACAAGAGGGUGCAGGAGGCUGCUUGCUCCGCGUUCGCCACACUAGAAGAG